GAAUUGCGCUCGGUCGUGGAGCUUAAUAUGCUUCGUUGUGAGAUGAGCUCGAAUAGCCUGACAGCCCUAGUUCGUGCGUUUCCACUGCUGAUCAGGGUUGGAUUCGCCUCCGUCGACUUCAGUGCACAAAAUUCCACAAUAAUUCGGGAGGAAUCACUCCCUCCAAAACCCUCGAGUCGGCGAGAGGGGUCUGGUACCGACAUACCUGACUCAGAAACUGUUUCUGUCAAUGAACCAUCUGUGCGACCGACGCCUCAUGAUGCAUUAGGUAUUCCCCUGUCUUCUCACGACCAUCCAACCCUGCCGGUGCAAUACCCGCUGCUUCAUCCACCACCCUCACUGCAAUCAUUCACAGUCAACAAUUUGUGCACUGACUUUUUCGAGUUUGAUUUUCUUCUCCUUCGCGACUGGUUCCGUCCCGAAAUGCUCACCAAAAGCCUCAAGUCAUUGGAUGUGAGCAGCUGGGUUGAUGAUCUGACUCUAGCCAAAUUCAUCACUUCCCUCGGUACGUCUCCUGCACUGGAGUGUCUGACUCUGUGGGUCGGGUGGGGCCUUCGAUAUUAUAUGCGCUCCACGGUGGAUAUUCAUCAUCUAACCAAUCUCACCUCCAUCCGCCUAGUGACUGAGCGAACUCUUGAACGUGAUGAAGUCGAUGCAAUGCAAUACGUUCUUUCUCAGCUCAAUGCUCCCCGUUUACAAGUGAUCUCUAUUUCCAUCCCGGCUAUUCGUACCUUCAAGGUUCUGGAGGGGAUGGACGAGUACUUGGCCAAGGAGUUUGGUGGCAUAAAGAAGCUUUGCGUUGAGACUUACACUGAUGGUCCAGAAGAGGAGAAGAAGGCGCGGGAGGAGGUGACGGCUAUGUUUCCAUUGAUGGCUGAACGAGGCGUUCUGCGAGUGGAGGAUAGGGAUAUACCCUAUCUUCUUUAGGCCGUCGAAUCGACCGCAACUCGGACGGUCAGACAGAGAUAUUCUGAGGCACGAAGGCUCGCGUCUCUGUCUACUCUGCAUUAGGGAGACUAGUGGAACACGUUGCUAUUGGCAUCGACGCUACAAUCAACAAAGAGAUCUAUCACUUUAAAAUCGUUGAUAUUGUCUCCGUCGCUUUUGACUAGCACGAGUAUGGGACGCUGCUGAGCUCAUACCGGAAUUAUUGACAGCGCCGCACUACACACCGUGGCUAUGAACGUAUGCUUAAUUUUGGAACAGUGAUCGACUUACAAAGGGUUGGUACACAUCUGAGUCCUUCUCGGAAGUUCUCCCAGAAAGAAUCGCAGCAAAAUCAGUGGUGGGGAUUGAUUUGAACUUCGACACUGGGUCUGCGGGUUCCAACAAAUUGUCGAGGAAAACGCAGGAAGGUGUUGGACCAAUGAAAGAAACCGACAUUUCUUGCCACUCGUUUUAAGAUGCCACCUGAUAAUAAUUGCAGAGCAACAAUAUUUCUAGGUCUUCGUGCGAGGUCUGGAACAAGGCAAUAUUCAGAGAGAAAGCGCAAAGCACAUGACCAGCUGCAGAUGUGAGUAUGAUGGAGGUAAUUGGCAGAUAGCGUUGUAAAUGACUAUUCUUAAUAACUCUUCGCGGGACAACUCUCAGACCAAGCUCAAUAAUACUUACCAUAUAUCUUCGAUG